UGUCAGAUUCGAAGAAAUCGUGUAGAAACAACCAAACAUAACCUUCGAUUAAUGUACAAAAGAGUACAGGCUAUUAACGUGCUGUUAACGUAGUUUCCAGCUUUUACAAAUACAUAUUUUUAUUAGCAUACAUAUAAAAUAUAUCACGAUAAAUAACAAUUUAUUACAAGAUUCUAUUCUGAAUUGAAAUGGAGGAAAUGGAUAUAGAAAAUGAAAAGAACGAGGAUAAGAAUUUGUGCGAGGAUUUAGAGAAUGACGAAGAGGUCAAGUCAAAAGUGAUUGAAAAUGAGACAGAAGAAAAUAUGGACGAUGAGCUUGAUGAUGAUCAGGAUGAAGAUGAUGAAAAUGAUGAAGAUGAUGAAGAGGAUGCGGACGAGGCAGAGGUUAAAGCUUUAGAAACUUCUCUUGCUCAAAAUCCAUAUGAUUAUACAAAUCACGUAGCCCUUAUCAAUAAAUUGCAAAAAAUGGGCGAGUUAGAACGACUACGUACUGCUAGAGAAAACAUGAGCUCUAAAUAUCCUUUGAGCCCUGAACUCUGGCUAUCUUGGAUGCGCGAUGAAAUUAAACUAGCUGUAACGCCAGAGCAAAAAUCGGAAAUAGUGAAACUAUGUGAACGAGCUGUCAAAGAUUAUCUUUGUGUAGAAGUAUGGUUAGAAUAUCUGCAAUUUAGUAUUGGUAAUAUGGGUACUGAAAAGGAUGCAGCAAAGAAUGUUCGACAAUUAUUUGAACGAGCAUUAACAGAUGUUGGACUACAUACUAUUAAGGGUGCAAUAAUAUGGGAGGCAUUUCGAGAGUUUGAAGCUGUGUUAUAUGCAUUGAUUGAUCCUUCGAACCAAGCCGAAAGAAAAGAACAAUUGGAACGUAUUGGUAACCUAUUCAAAAGACAAUUGGCUUGCCCUCUUUUAGAUAUGGAAAAAACAUAUGAGGAGUAUGAAACAUGGCGUAAUGGAGAUGGCGCGGAAGCUAUUAUUGAUGAUAAAAUUGUUACUAUAGGAUAUGAACGUGCAUUAGCAAUGCUUAAUCUCCGUUUACCUUAUGAGGAGAGAAUUGUGUCUGCACAAACUGAAGAAGAACUUCUAGAUUCAUAUAAAAUGUAUUUGUCAUAUGAGCAACGUAGUGGAGAUCCUGGACGAAUAACGGUUUUGUAUGAAAGAGCAAUCACUGAUCUUACUUUAGAGAUAUCAAUUUGGCUUGAUUAUAUUAAGUAUUUGGAAGAAAAUAUUAAAAUUGAAUCUGUCUUGGAUCAAGUGUAUCAAAGAUCUUCAAGAAAUAUUCCAUGGUGUGCAAAUAUAUGGCAAAAAUGGAUGAGGUCAUAUGAAAAAUGGAAUAAACCAGUAUUAGAAAUUCAAAUGUUGUUAGAAAAUGCUUUAGCGACUGGAUUCUCUGCUGCAGAAGAUUAUAGAAAUUUAUGGAUAACGUAUUUGGAAUAUUUACGACGAAGAAUUGAUCGAUUAUCUUCCAAUGAAGAAAAGCAGUUAGAAACAUUACGCAAUACUUUCAAUAGAGCCUGUGAACAUUUAGCAAAAUCAUUUGGCUUAGAAGGAGAUCCCAAUUGCAUUUUAUUACAAUACUGGGCAAGAACUGAAGCUAUACAUGCUAAUAACAUGGAAAAGGCUAGAUCAUUAUGGGCCGAUAUUUUAUCACAAGGACAUUCUACAACGGCAUCUUACUGGUUGGAAUAUAUUUCAUUAGAAAGAUGUUAUGGAGAUACAAAACAUUUAAGAAAAUUAUUUCAAAAAGCUUUGACCUCGGUGAAAGAUUGGCCAGAAAGUAUAGCAAAUUCUUGGAUAGAUUUUGAACGAGACGAAGGAACACUAGAACAAAUAGAAAUAUGUGAAACACGAACAAAAGAAAAAUUAGAAAAAGUUGCUGAAGAAAGACAAAAAACACAACAAAUUUCUAAUCAUGAAUUAUCGUCAUUACAAAACAAGAAAACUUUUAAGAGGAAACAAGAAGAAACUGGCAAAUGGAAAAAUUUAAGUAGUUUCCCGAUAAAAAUUACGAAGGUUGAAACACAAGUAAAACCAAAAAUGAAAGAAAAUCACGUGAACUUCGAAAAAAAACUCGACGUUGAUGUAGAACAAAAAUCAAAAAUUAUUCCACCACCUGGCUUCAAAGCACCAGAAAAUGAAAAAAUGGAUAUAGACAAUACACAAGAAGUGGAUGAUAAAAUUACAGUUUUCAUAAGUAAUUUAGAUUACACUGCAACUGAAGAAGAGGUCAGAAAUGCUUUAAAACCAGCAGGACCGAUUACAAUGUUUAAAAUGAUACGAGAUUAUAAAGGACGUAGUAAAGGAUUUUGCUAUGUGCAACUUAGUUCCACGGAAGCAGUUGCUAAGGCUUUACAACUAGAUAGAGUUUCUAUAAGAGGACGGCCAAUGUUUGUUUCAAAGUGCAAUCCAAACAAAACGACACGAGGCCCUGGUUUUAAAUAUAGUUGUUCUCUGGAGAAAAACAAACUUUUUGUUAAAGGACUUCCGGUAUCAACAACAAAAGAAGAUCUUGAAGAAAUUUGCAAGGUUUACGGAGUGUUGAAAGAAGUUCGUAUAGUUACUUACCGUAAUGGCCAUUCUAAAGGAUUGGCUUACGUUGAAUUUGAGGAUGAAAGUACUGCUGCAAAAGCACUUCUAGCUAUUGAUGGAAUGAAAAUCGGUGACAAAGUAAUUAGUGUAGCCAUAAGCCAACCGCCUGAACGCAAGAAGGCUCCCGUCAAAUCUCUAGGUGGUACUACAGUAAGCAGAACUACAUUUGGUAUGCCCAAAACAUUAUUAUCUAUGGUACCUCGUACUGUCAAAACCGCUGCUACUAACGGCAGUGCAACUGUGAAUGGGAAUGGUGUUGCACCAAAGAUGAGUAACGAAGAUUUUAGAAAUAUGUUAUUGAAUAAAAAAUAAUUUACUACAA